GCUCAGCCACUCUCCACACAGACUGGACUGGACACGGACUACGGUGCAGGCGCAGCAGGAGGAAGAAGACAAAGAUGAUGUCAGUUGCAGAGAAGAAAGGAAUCAGCGUAAAAGAACAGUCCAGAAAAUGUGCAGGGCGUUUCUGGAGGCUCUUUCCUCACCUUCUGCUGUGUCUGUCUCUGGUUGCAUACGCAGCUCUGGGGGCACUCAUGUUCGAGUACAUCGAGGGAAAAAGCACGUUCUCUUUCCAGGCCGACUACCAUGACUUCCUUGGUCAGAUCAUCAGUACCGUCCAGAACCUCACCAAAAAUGCAUCCUCUACACAUGGAGAGAUUGUGAAGGAAGUGGAGACUAAAAUGUUAGGGUUCGAUGCCAUUUGGUUUCAAAGACCUGAGAGAUGGGAUUUCUUUGGCGCCAUGUUCUUUUGCUGCACUAUAUUCACAACAGUGGGGUAUGGCGAGAUCUAUCCUGUUACCUUGACUGGUAAGGUGGUAUGUGUUUUAUAUGCCAUGGUGGGCAUCCCUCUCAUGCUUCUGGUCAUCCUCGAUGUGGGAGACUUCCUUGCUAUGCUAAUGUCCAGGGCCUACAGGCACAUUUAUACCCUGCGCAAAAUCCUGUGCUCCCACACCUGGUCACCAUGGAAGGAUCAGAAGAGUGCUGGGCACUCAAGCCACCAGGACCUGGAAGACGGUAACUUUUUUCACAACCAAGACAUUGUGAUCCAUGAGCCACUUGACAUUCGGCAGGUACUUCAUAGUCAAGCAGAUGUACGGCAAAGGUCUAUUCAACUCCAAAACAACCAAGAGAUAUUUGAGAAGAUUCUUGCCAGGGAAAAUUUACUUAGAAAGACUCCACUGCUCAGAACUCUCUCCUGCCCAGAGCUAGACCGGCUGCCAACACCAUCCAAAGGAUUUGCCAUUUGGGACUUCACAGGGUUAGGGGGUGAAAUGGAAAUGCUUGAUGUACCCUUUGUACUGAUUCUCUUCAUUGUGUUUGCCUAUAUAUUGUUUGUCGGUUUGAUUUUGCCGUUGUGGGAAAAAGAUUUAAAGGGCUUUGACCCCUACUACUUCUGCUUCAUCACACUCACUACCAUUGGUUUUGGCGACAUUAUGCCCCGUCACCCCAAGUUCUUCAUGCUUACUUCACUCUUUCUCAUUGUUGGCAUGGCCAUCAUGUCAAUGGCUUUCAAGUUAAGCCAAACUCGAAUUGUAAGCUGCUACAGCAAAUGCAUCAAAUUCAUCAGCAGGGGAAAUGUGGAAACUUUUCAAAAAUGAAAAGAAUGACUUUGUAACUAUGAGAUUCUCGGUCAACUCCACAAGUUGCACACACUAGUUUUGACACUGCUCCAAAGCAGGUGUCUGUGGGAACUUUUAGGUGUAUUAUUUGUGCUGGCAGUUCAGUGAUUAUCACAUGCACCCUUUUUAUUUUGCUUAACACUUUUACAUGGGGAAGAACUGUUGUAUUCAAAAUUUUGCGAUGGAAAUGGUAGGAGUAGACUCAGGCAAACGUUUGGCUGUACAGGACUACAGCGGGAGGACCAAUAGCACUUUAUUAAAAGUUAGAGUGACUAAAGUGCAGUGAUUUCUCUACUUUGGCUGGCAGUUGUUAUAGUUUGGAAAACCCUCAGAACCUGGUAGUUCAUUUAUCAAAUAUUUAGAAUAGUCGAAAAACUGCAAAACACAAAAUGUGUAUUGUAAACAUAAGCACUUUGAAGUUAUUUGUAGGUUGCCUCAACCAUAGUGCUAUGAAGACACAACCAAUCCAUCAAAUAUGGCUUAGAAUCUGUUGUGUGAAACCUAACAACAAGCAUUUCAAUUAGAAUUCAUGUGGUAAGGAGGGAACGGGGAAUUUGCAAGAUGAGACUCCUGGUUAAACGGAAUGUCUGAACUCAACCCUAACACUAAUUUGUUUAAAUCUGUAGCAACAGUGGUGAGGAGCAGAGAAAAAAAAGAGAAACAAAAUACUCAAUAAGUCGAUGAUGAUGUUGAAGUAUCUAAACAGGUUUGUUCUCCUGUAUUCCUGAGACAAAUAAAUUGUGAUUAAAGUGAUUAAAUAACGAAUAAUAGUAAUAUAUACAUUGGCAAAACAAGUAUAUAGCAUGUAGAUAUAAGAUACAAUUUAUUUUUUCUCCAUGAUUUUAUACUUUAGAAACAUAAAAGAGUGACCCAUGCGACAUGUUUGCUUCCUUUUCAUUUAUGCAGGCAUUUAAGUCAAGGUUUGUUUGAACAUUAUUAUAUUUUUCCUUAGCUGAACCUGGCUGGGCCAGACUGUCGGGUUCAAUCAUGUUGAGGCUCUAUUCAAUUGAAUAUGUCUGUUUGUCGUUCAUACUGUGACUGCACUGGGUUUUGUUUCACGUCUUAUUAUAGAAUAAACAUUUAGUUCACUUUAACUAAACUAUCUAUUCAGACUUAUUUUGAUGACAGACCUCCAGAGAGGGGCCUGCUUCACAAGUCAGACGGGACACGAAUUCCUUACACGAUACAAAAUUAUUUGAAUUUAAUUGAAUCUUGUGUCUAUAGUUCACUUCACAGCAUUAAAGAAGCACAGUCAAUGGUGAGCAAAAUUAGGACAACAAAAAUGCAUAUUUUGCUGUUGGUUAAUGUUAAUGAACGCUAGAGUGCUUCGCUGCCCAGAUAUGAUACGCGUGUAUAAGUGGCCUUGAACAAGACGCGUAACCCUCAACUGCGCCCCUGAUUGGGGGUUUCAGAAAAAAAAGCUAAACUUUGCAGCGAUAGGGACGCACCAGACUUCAAUGUAGAAAACUGAUUUGACGUUGAUUUAUUUUCUGGACUUUAUUCAUCCAAAUGCGCACUCAAACCUCUAAUGGCUUUCCUGUAAUCAACCCUUAAGUUUAAUAAAUAGCUUUGUCAUUCAGUACUGUACACAACAUGUUUUUUACUCUGAUUCUGGGAGGUAGGGUCUCAGCUCUGACGUCCUUGCUGAGGCUUCUUCCUGAGUAUUUUUUUUCACCAUUGAAGUUUUUUUUGGGUAAGGAUGUUGCAUGUGUGUUGAACGUGUCAACUGUUUGAUUUAAAUAAUAUGUGUAUGAAAUAUGAUGUUGAGAUUAGAGUGUAUUAGAUAUUAGAUAUGAUAUAAUGCAUGCUAUAUUAUGUUUACUUAAUGAAGCUUUAGGCCAAAAGGUGUAAGCAUUGAAUGUAUCAUGAUACUGAUGAGAUUAGGAUCUAAUUAGGAAAGCGAGGGAUUCCAGGUUCGGUCACCAGAUGGAGCCACUGAGGAGGGUAAAUGCCUGGACAACCUGGCAAUGAUCAAACUGGGUGCAGCCAAUCACAGGUCCUGUCAGGUAGUGAAUGAGCAAAGGGUGUACGACAGCACUGCCAGGCAAACAUUCUGAUUUUGGGUUAAACAUAAUGGUUAAGAUGUGAUAAACUGUGAUGAUUUAAGAUGUGUUAUUAUUAAAGUAUACUAACUAUUCGA